ACUAAAAGUUUAAAAUAAAUUUCGAUGUUUACCACCGUUCUUAGAAGGCCCCGCAACAGAUAUUCUUCCUCUGCUUAGUAUUUUAACCGUAGGAUUCCCAAGAUUAAUCUCAAUGUUAAAUUUUUGUAUCCUGCUUCGCUUUUAUAUAUACGGGGAAGCCCGUUUAGAAGGGGAAAAAGCCGGUUUGGGCUAGUUCUAGUUUUCCCACUACUGGGAUGGCUAUACACUUGCAUUCAUGAAACCUUCUCCACUCUUCACCUUCUCACGCAUUCAUCCUCGAUUCUUCUCUGCUAUUCUCUCUCCACCGCCGCCGCCCCACCGCAGAAGGCUGCACGCCGCCGUCGCAAGCAGCGCACCGGACACACUUCGCUACCUGGAGUCCUUCCGCGGCCUAAUCGAUUCCCUUUCGAAGAACCCUAGGAACUACAAAGCCCUAACCGCCCUGGACUCCUUCUUGGCCCAGACCCACAUCUUCACCCCGGCAAUUUCAGUCAUCUCCAUUGAUUUUCUAUCACAAAUCAAGAAACUCCAGCGGGCGAAGGCUCUUGUCCUCAAUCUCAAACGCCAAGGGCAGGUUUCUGAUCACUUCUCAUAUGGCUUAGUGCUUGAUUUUUUAGUCAAAGAUGGGAACUUUGAUGCUGUGGAGAUGGUGUGGGCCGAGAUUUGUGGGCCGGGGAUCAGAAUUUGUGCUUCUGAUUAUGUGAUGCAUGUCAGCAAAUAUGGCAGUGCAGAUGAAGUUAAGAGAGUUUGUCGUAGGGUUUUGAUGGGUGGGAGUGGGAGGGUAGUUUGGGAAAGGCAAAGUCUUGUUUCCUUGAUUGGGGCUUUGUGCAAUGUGAAUGAGUGUGGUUUAGCUGAAGCGGUUUGUGUUGAAAUGCUUAACAGAGGGAUUCCAGUGGAUGAUUUGAGCUAUUUUGUGAUAUUUCAGUGCUUUUGUAGAAAUGGGGCUGUUAUUGAAGCUGACAAUAUUUUGAGAAAAUUGUGGGAAAGUAAUUUUCUUUUCGAUAUAUGCAUUUACGGAAACUUCCUACACGCGCUGUGUAAAUCCGAUAAAUUGAGAGAGGCGAAGAAACUCUUCUGCAAACUGAUAAAAAACGAUAAUGGUGGUUUGGAGGUGUCCAAAAAGGUUGUUAAGGGAGGGAGGAGGGCUAUAUUCCAAAUGAGUUGUGAGGUUCCGGAGAUUAUGGCAUAUGAAGCUUAUUUCAGAUCCUUGUGCAGUGCAGGAAGGAUAAAUGAGGCAGAGAAUCUACUGAAAGAAAUGAUGAAGAAAAGAAACGUGAUUGAAGUUUGCGUUUAUGGCUCCUUCAUCACAGCUCUUUUUCUGGCAGGGAGAGCAGAAGAUGCUUUGAAGUUCUUUGAAGUGGAGAGUAAGAAAAAAAGAACAAUAACGAGGGAAGAUAUGAGUCGGUAUGUGAUAAAGGGGUUGUGUGGUGAUGGUAGAGUCGAUGAAGCUUUAGAGCUUUUAAGGGAUAUCAAUAGAGGCAGUAAGAUGACAACCUACUUUUCUACUUCACUUAAUCACAUUCUUGAAAGUUAUUGGAAAGAAGGAAGGGUCGAUGAGGCGGAGAGAUUGUUUUAUGGAUUGCAGUGUGGCUCCAGUUUUGUGGUUUAUGAUGUGUCUAAUCAUUAUAAGACAAUGAUCAAUGGUUAUUGUGUCCAAGGUGAUGUUUCGAAGGCACUCGGCUUAGUGAAUGAAAUGGUUAGCAGAAAGAUGUCCGUGAAACCGACAUUGUAUUCUAUGGUCAUUAGAGGAUUGUGUGAUUGUGGAAGACUGGAUGAAGGGCUGAGAUGUUUUGAUGCAAUGAUUGGAAAUGGAAAUGCUGUUUCUGCCACUAGUUGGAAAGAACUUCUUCAUCCCCUGCUGUGAUUUUUUCUAUCUUAUUUUAAGCGCGCUCACAACACACACAUUCUUGUCAAGCAAUGAAUUCUAACACUUGAG